GUGUCACUCCCCCUCUCUGCAUGCGCGCUGCACCUGUACUGCUGCUGCCUCUCGUGCGUCAGAUGGCGAGUAGACCUUUUCUCUCCGCGUCGGAGUGGCUGCAGACCGAGUCGACCUCUCCGAGCGGCCGCAGGUUCUCCUCUGCAGCUGCAGCGCGUCGUUGAUCAGCCGUCAGCCGGACGCGCAACUUUUGUUGGUGUUAUUUUACGCACAGGUUCCCAAUUUGGAGAAAGAGCCGAGCGUGCCGCUGCUCCCUCAGCGCUGCCAGCCGCCAGCUUUGCUUUCUUUCUUUCUUUCUUUUUUAAAUCAAAACUUCAGGCGGUGCCAUGCAAGUUUACGUGGCUGUGAUAUUCGCGUAUGGAGUGUCGGCGCUGAAUGUCACGGAGGAGAAGGCGCCCUGCCCUCUUGGAUAUUUCCCCUGUGGCAACCUGACCAUGUGCCUUCCUCAGCCCAUGCACUGCAACGGCAUCGAUGACUGUGGAAAUCAAGCUGAUGAGGAGAACUGCGACUGCGAGCGCUCCUCCUCCUCCUCAGCGGGUGAUGGGACAGGUGAUUGUCGGCAGGUCAGUGGGUCCAGCAGCCGAGGAUCACAUCUCUUUCCUUCAGUGGAGACGAGUGACACUUGGCUCUUAGAGGGAAUGGGAGGCGACACUUGGAUUGGUUUGAUUUAUGUUCUGCCCAAAACACACACGCGACUAAUUCAGAGUCUGAAUUCGCGCUGUGUGCCAUUCUUUGUGCCCGUAUUAUCAUUUAACUAGCAAAGUGGACUUGGACACUCUAAACACACCAGAACUUUGGGCCCAGUUCCAUCUUCAUUUACUCAGACACAGUAAUCUCACAGCUGUUACCUUUCAGAAUGAGGAUGAUUGAUGAUGAUGAUUUUUCUUAUAGACCCAAGAAGUGGCAGAGAUAUCUUAACUUCAUUUAAUGCUUGUUAUGUGGAGCAGGGCCCGAGCCAGAGGCCACACUUUAACGUGUUUCAUUUUCAAAAACCUUUUUUUGUUUCUCCUCUUACAUGCUCAUGUUUCUGUAUAUAAUUAAUGAUUAUUUAAUCUGCCUGAUUUAUAAUGAGUGAUGUUUUUGGCAAGAAGAAUUGUACACAAAACAACACAAACCAAAAAAAACAAUAAACAGCCACGUAGGACUGAAACAAAUUGCUUUCGAAAAAGUUAUUACUAUUUUCAUAAAACAUGAAUAAAUCAUACGAGUACCGACAAACACCGGAUGACAGCAGCAUGUUUGCAGGCAAGGCUGUGUUCAGCCCUGAGGGUGUACAUGACAUUUAGAUUCAACAUCUGUAUGAAUGUGCUCACCAUGUUUACUGUGUGGCUCUGUAACAGCUUUUUCAAUGUAUCUGCUGAUCUCAGAAAUUAUUCUGUGUCCC